CAUGGGAAGUUCGCCGAGAAAGUCGGCAAAAAACCUGCUCGGUUUAGAUGAAUUUGGGGCUUUAUUGAGCGAAAUAAAAUCCGACAGUUCGAACCAGAUUAGAUCAGGAAAUUCUGAAUUUGGUAGGGAACAUUGGAAACAGUUGCUAAAAUCACCAAUUUAUGGCCGAAUUUGUUUGACUGAGGGAUCGAACCGCCAAGACAUCCCCGUGAAGCUGUCAUCUGCUCCCGGCCGUAAGACGGCAUUUGUUUUCGGUCCCGACACCGUGUGUGGGGCACUUUUGACAAAGAAACCGUACGAGCUAUUGCUGCAUUUAGGGUUCCUACCAGAAUAUAUACACUUAAAGGCAUGCAUCCAGAAAGCCAAAUAUUGGAUCGUUCUGCUCUCGGGAGCUCUCAAUACUUGGCAGAGGCCCAUUGUACCAGCCACGUGGGAAGGCAUGGAAGAACUCAUCCACACCUGCUACCCCGCCGCUCUGGAAGCGGUCCUGUCCCACUGGCAGACCAUCAAGGACAAUCCAGUGGCAUCUUUUGAAGAAGAGGUCGACUACAAGUUCAUCGCCGCCGUGAGCGACCCGUCGGGCCCUCUUUACAUGGGCUACGACAGGUUUGUGUCGCUGCCCAAGCCGCAGACCGCCUGGCAGACACGGCUUUUCCUGUACUGUGAGCUGCGCAUGUUUGAGCUCUUCUCCGGCGACGGGCUGACGAGCAGGGAAGACGGGACCAAAGGCGAGAAAGAGUACGUCUGCAUGAACUACGAGUUGGAAAAGAUCGACAGAAAGCUCUGGCUGGCCAUUCCUCUUGAUGUGGAGGUACCAGAGGAAGUCAAGAUGAAAUAUGCAGACAAUUCUUACAAGUAGAUCAUGCUGACCUCAGUUGGUUGCAGUACUGUGCGUGAACAUAAAACUACAUAUUCAUGUACGCAUCCACCCAACCAAAAUUAUCAAAAUCACUUGUAAGCAUCUGAAUGCGAAUAAUAAUCAAAUAUCAGUGACAGUGAUAGAUACAAACAUCUAGGAAUUGUUGGAUUAUAUAGACCUUUUUCAAGUGAUGUCACGAUCAUGCUGGACGUCUGAUGUGUUGUGAUGGUAAUGAGUGCAUAGUGUUGUGAUGGUAAUCUACCUACUGGUCAAGCAUGCAGCGUUCGCA